AUGCUAAUACAAUCUUUCUGCUAUGUUAGCUUUCAAGCAGUAUGGGAAUAUAACAUUGAUUUCCCUUCAGACUCUCCCAUUGAUGGUGAUGUCAUAGUUUGGGCUGCUUCACGAGAUCUUAAGGCUCUUGCUUUGAAUGCCUGUACUUCCUUAGUUUCUGUGGAGCCAAAGUUGACAAUUGAAACAAGAAAUCAUAACGCCCUCAACCGGUUCGCCCCAUUAAUGGAGAUAGAAGGGUUGCUGCCACUAUUCAGUUCCCACAGCAUUAACUCCGACGAUCGAAGUGAUUACGAGGACUUCUUAAGAGAUUUUACGAAGCAAUUUCUGCAGCAUCUUCUCUCCAGAGUCGAUACUUACAUGGUGUUAACCAUUCAGGCUUUUGAUGCACCUUGGCCGACAAUCCAAGCAAAUGCUAUUUAUGUUUCCAGCAGCAUACUCUCUGUUUCAGACGAUCGGCACAUUUUAUAUCUUUACCACUCACAGGUGUUCGGGAUGUUGGUUAGCAAGAUGAGUCGUUCAACGGAUGCCGUCGUUAGCCAUUAA